AUGGAUUCCAGGCUAGUGUUAGCCACGGAGGAGCCCGUUAAGAAAGACAGUGUCAAGAAGUACAAGAUCCUUUGUGUGGUUCUUCUUGCUUUGUUGGUGAUUGUGUCGCUUGGAUUAGGUCUGGGACUGGGACUCAGGAAACCUGAAGAGCAAGGCAGCUGCAGGACAAAAUGCUUUGACUCCUCACACAGAGGCCUGGAGGGCUGCCGCUGUGACUCAGGAUGCACAGGCCGAGGAGACUGCUGCUGGGAUUUCGAAGAUACCUGUGUAAAAUCAACUCAGAUAUGGACGUGCAAUUCAUUCCGUUGUGGGGAGAGCAGACUGGAGACAGCCCUCUGUUCUUGUGCAGAUGACUGUCUACAGAGGAAAGACUGCUGCCCUGACUACAAGACUGUAUGCCAAGGAGAAAUCCCAUGGGUGACAGAAGCCUGUGCCUCAUCCCAGCAGCCCCAGUGCCCAGAAGGGUUUGACCUGCCACCAGUUAUCUUGUUCUCCAUGGACGGCUUUAGAGCUGAAUAUUUACAAACAUGGAGUACCCUGUUGCCGAACAUCGACAAACUGAAAACAUGUGGAAUCCAUUCCACAUAUAUGAGAGCAGUGUAUCCCACCAAAACCUUCCCAAAUCAUUACACCAUUGUCACGGGCUUGUAUCCAGAGUCACAUGGCAUCGUUGACAAUAACAUGUAUGAUGUGUACCUCAACAAGAAUUUUUCACUUUCUUCAGUGGAGAAAAGUAAUCCCGCUUGGUGGGGUGGACAGCCGAUUUGGCUAACAGCAAUGUAUCAAGGUUUAAAAGCUGCUUGCUACUACUGGCCGGGAUCAGAUGUGGCUGUCAAUGGCUCCUUCCCUACCAUCUACAGGAAUUACAGCAAUUCUGUCCCAUAUGAAAGGAGGAUUGCUACACUGCUACAAUGGCUGGACCUGCCCAAAGCUGAACGACCCAGUUUUUAUACCAUAUAUGUGGAAGAACCUGAUUCUGCGGGGCAUGCAAGUGGACCAGUCAGUGCUGGAGUAAUUAAAGCCUUGCAGUUAGUUGACAAUGCCUUUGGAAUGUUGAUGGAGGGUCUGAAACAGAGGAAUUUACACAACUGUGUCAAUAUAAUCGUUCUGGCUGAUCACGGAAUGGACCAGACCUCCUGUGACAGAGUGGAAUACAUGACAGACUAUUUUCCUAAAAUAAACUUCUAUAUGUAUCAAGGACCUGCCCCUCGAAUCAGGAGUCGUAAUAUACCUCAGGACUUCUUCACGUUUAAUUCUGAAGAGAUCGUGAGAAACCUCAGUUGUCAAAAACCCGACCAACACUUCAAACCCUACUUGACUCCCGAUUUGCCAAAACGACUGCACUUUGCCAAAAAUGUCAGAAUUGACAAAGCUCAUCUAAUGGUGGAUCGGCAAUGGCUGGCUUUCAGGAGCAAAGGGAGUUCCAGCUGUGGCGGAGGAACACACGGUUACAACAAUGAAUUCAAGAGUAUGGAGGCGAUCUUUAUGGCACAUGGACCCAGCUUUAAAGAGAAGACUGUUAUCGAACCAUUUGAAAAUAUUGAAGUCUAUAAUCUACUGUGUGAUCUUCUGCACAUUCAACCGGCACCAAACAACGGUUCUCAUGGCAGUUUGAAUCAUCUUCUGAAGGCCCCGUUUUACAACCCAUCGCAUGCAGGAGAACUGUCAACGUCUUCUGGCUGUGGUUUCACUACUCCAGUGCCUAAAGACCCACUAAGCUGCUCAUGCCCCAUAGUACAGACGCAAGAAGAACAAGUAAACCAAAUGCUAAAUCUCACUGAAGGAGAGGUUGCAGCAACAGUGAAAGUAAAUUUGCCAUUUGGGAGGCCCAGGGUGAUACAGAAGAACAAAGACCACUGUCUCCUUUACCAGAGGGAGUACAUCAGUGGGUUUGGAAAAGCCAUGAAGAUGCCCAUGUGGAGUUCAUACACUGUCCCGAAGCCGGGAGACACAUCAUCUCUUCCUCCCACAGUUCCAGACUGUCUGCGGGCUGAUGUCAGGGUUGCUCCUUCUGAGAGCCAAAAAUGUUCCUUCUAUUUAGCAGACAAGAAUAUCACCCGUGGCUUCCUCUAUCCUCCUGCAAUCAAAGGAAAUAAUGAGAGUCAAUAUGAUGCUUUAAUUACAAGUAAUUUGGUCCCAAUGUAUGAAGAAUUCAAAAAAAUGUGGGACUACUUCCAUGAGGUUCUCCUCAUAAAAUACGCUGUAGAAAGAAAUGGAGUGAAUGUUGUUAGUGGACCCAUCUUUGAUUAUAAUUAUGAUGGCCAUUUUGAUGCUCCAGAUGAAAUUACACAAUAUGUAGCUGGCACUGACGUUCCUAUCCCAACACACUACUUUGUGGUGCUGACAAGUUGUAAAAACAAAACCCACACACCCGACAGCUGCCCUGGGUGGCUGGAUGUCCUGCCCUUCAUUGUCCCUCAUCGGCCUACUAACAUAGAAAGCUGUCCCGAAAACAAAACUGAAGACGUUUGGAUUGAAGAGAGAUUUCAAGCACAUGCUGCCCGGGUCCGAGAUGUGGAGCUCCUAACUGGCCUUGACUUUUAUCAGGAAAAAGCACAGCCUGUCUCUGAAAUUUUGCAACUGAAGACAUAUUUGCCCACCUUUGAAACUAUUAUUUGAAUGGAUGUAUAAAGCCAUUU